AUGGUCUGUUGGCUUCUCAUAAUUUCGCCCUUAGUCAAUUUGGCUAGUAUUGCAUCUAUCUCGCGACUAACAUGGGCAUGCGCUCGUGAUGGCGCUCUACCCGAGUUCUUCGCGUAUAUUAACCGAAGUCAUAAUGUCCCAGUUCGAGCCGUGUGGCUUCUAUCAGCCAUUGUCAUGGUUCUUGUAUGUCUGAAUAUCGCAGACUCGGCCGCCUUUGGUGCAUUUACGGCUCUCGGCACUAUUGGCCUCUUUGCGUCGUAUUUCCUUGCCAUUGGCUACUUGGUGCAAAAUCGUCUUAGCCGCAACCCAGCGCCCUUAGGACAUUAG